AUGUUCGGCUAUGACACGAUCGUUAACGGUGCCUCGAUUUCCAUGCCCGCGUUCAUGAUGUAUUUUGGAGAUACAAACGCCGCAGGCUUGUAUUUACCCUCAUUAUGGACUGCUCUUUGGACAUCCAUGUCCGCUCUCGCCCAAGCUCUCUCAGCCACUGGAACAGGUUUUCUGGCCGAUCGCAUUGGACGGAAAUGGACAGGUGUCAUCGCUGGUGUGAUUUCCCUAGCUGGUGCUUCGGUACAAUACACGGCACAAACACGAAGUUCGUUGCUUGGAGGCAAAAUUGUCGGAGGACUAGGGAUCGGAAUGGCGAUGGCAUCUGGUAUGACUUACGCGUCGGAGGUCGUCCCGGUUAAACUGGUUCCCGCUGUUCAGCAGGCGAUGGUGGUAUUUAUUCUCAUUAUGCAGGCCGUGGCUAUGGGCGUCAUCCGCAUUUUUGUCCCUAACGUUGCCGAGGAGGCCUUCCGUACUGUUUUUGCUAUCCAGUGGGCAGUUGGCGGGCUAGUGACGAUUGCGUACGCUCUCGCUCCAGAGUCCCCUGUUUACUGCAUCAUUGACAAGCGACAAGAAAGCGCCAAGAAACUAUUCAAGUGGCUCUACCCCGAUGAGACUGAUCGCCAAGAGCGAUACAACCAUCUCGUCAAGACGAUCGAAGAAGAAAACUCGCACCGGGAGGCCAAUCAAGCCAGCUAUAUUGAAUGCUUCCAGGGUGUUAAUUUCAAAAGAACGAUCACGAUGAUGUUGCUAUUUGGUCUUGUCAACCUGGGCGGCGGGCCAUUCCUCUCGCAGUCGAUAUACUUCCUCAUCUCCGUGGGACUACCUACCAUUCACGUAUUCGACAUCUCGAUUGGAGGAUUUGGAUUAGCAAUCAUCAUCAUUAUUGCAAGUGGCUUCGUAUUGAAUAAUGUGAGGAGAAGAAACACUCUCCUCUGGGGAUGUGUUAUCAACUUCUUCUUUAACCUGAUCGUGGGCGCUCUGUACUUUGCACAUGGAACAGGGCCCAAGUGGGCUAUUGCUAUAUUCAUGAACGUUCUCAUUUCCCUGCAGGCGAGUCUAAUGCAAGCUCCAGGGUGGUCAAUUGCAGCGGAGAUCUCGAGUUACCGACUGCGUGCAAAAUCCAUGUCACUUGGAAUGAUGGCUCAAACAUUCACAACUUGGCUCGUGACUUUUGUUGUGCCAUAUAUGUAUAAUGUCGACUCUGGUAACCUGGGUGCCCGAACUGGCUUUGUGUUUGCAGGCGCUUCGGUGCUGCUUAUCUGCGGAGUUUGGUCAAUAGUCCCAGAUACAACUGGGUUGUCGACAGAAGAUAUUGACAACCUCUAUGAAGCGAAGGUGCCAGCGAGACAAUUUGCAAAGCAUAAGGUGGCUCUUGAAUCAGAGAUUGAAGAGGCAACUCGAGAUGUUUAA